UAUUUCUUAACAUGUUCCUCGCGCACACCGCCUCCCGCGGCCGUGUGUAUAGAAAUAGUUAAUUUUAAUUUAAUGCUAAUAAAUAAAUUAUUAUCUUAUCAAUUCAUAUAUAAACAACCUUCUGAAUGAGUGAUUAACUAGUGACUUGAAUUAGGGUAUUGGGAUAAGUUAGAUGCUCGUGUUGAGCUCUCGAAGAAUUGUUUGGAAACAUGAACUGCAGGCCACUCUUUGUUGUUUUGCUUUGGGCAUUGUGUGAUUUUUCGGUUAGAAUAAAUGGAGCCAAUAUUUUGGGACUUAUGCCUGUUCUAUCACCAAGUCAUCAUAUUUGGAAUAGUGUCCUUAUGCAUCGACUUGCCGAACUAGGUCACAAUGUUACAAUUCUAUCGGUAGAUGUACCAAAACCGAAUGAUAAAAUCCCACCAAAUGUUACUUACAUUCACAUGGAGAAGGGUUAUUCAAUCUACAAAGAAGGUGAUGCAAAAGUGGACAUAAAUGAUUUCAUCAAAGCUGGACCAUUCAAAGGAAUAAAAGUGUUUAAUGAUGCUAUCAUAACAUUGGUGGAUCUUCUAUGUUCAUCAAAGGGACUUCAAACACUUUUGAAUUAUCCGGAUGAUUUUAAGUUUGAUUUGGUCAUACACGAUUACUCGAAUGGACCAGUUUUGCUUGGAUUCUUACACAAGUUCAACUAUCCACCUGCAAUUGGUGUUUCUGCAUUUCAUAAUCCACCAAUUACAUUGGAUUUCAUGUCAAAUCAUUAUUUUCCUGCGUAUAUACCCUUCCAUGGCACAACGUUUAAGACUGAAAUGACCUUCUGGGAACGCCUUGAAAAUACACUGCUGAUUGCGUAUGACAUGGGCUAUCGGAGAUUGGUUAUUAACCCUAAAAUUGACACUUUGGUCCGCAAAUAUUUUCCUAAGGACAUGCCGUACUUAGAUGAUAUUGGUAGACGCACUGCCAUAGCUCUGGUCAACUCCCAUCCAGCUACAAACUAUGUGGAACCUCUUCCCCCGAAUGUCAUUGAAGUCGGUGGAAUGCAGAUAUUGGAUCCUAAGCCAUUGCCGAAGGAUUUGGACGAGUACAUGAACAAGUCUACUAAUGGAGCUGUGUUUUUCUCGUUUGGAACCAAUAUGAAGAGUCAAGAUUUUACCGAUGAACAAGUUCGAACAAUUUUGAACGCCAUGGCUGAACUGAGUCAGUAUAAUUUCAUGUGGAAGUUUGAUGUGAAAUAUUUGAAGGAGAAAAUACCGAAAAAUGUUAUGGUUAGAUCAUUCUAUCCACAAAGAGAUAUUCUUGCUCAUCCCAAUCUGAAGGCGUUUGUCACUCACUGUGGAGGUCUUAGUUCUCAAGAAGCAAUUUGGCGUGGGGUUCCGAUGGUUGGAGUUCCACUUUUCGUUGAUCAACAUAGGAACUUAAGGCUGUCUUUGGAAGCGGGAAUUGCAGUGAAACUUGAUUUUGCUACCAUGACCAGCAAGGAUAUAGUUGAAGCUAUUAAAAAGGUUAUUGAAGACCCUAAAAUGAGGGAAAAUAUCAAAGUAAAAUCAGUGCAGUACCGAGAUAGACCUAUGAAGCCCUUGGACACUGCUGUGUGGUGGGUCGAGUAUAUGCUACGUAACCCGAAUCCAUAUCAUCUCCGGUCACCUGCCCAUAAGCUUAAUAUCUUCCAAGCUAAUUCCUUGGAUUGUUUGCUUUUCAUUUUAUUGGUUGUGAUUCUGACAUUCUACUUUGUUGUCAAAUUGCUGGCAUUUGCAUUCAGAUUGCUGAGCAAGAAAAAUUCAAAGAAAAUUAAAGUUAAAAAGAACUAAUUUAAGUUUGUUUUGAUUAAAUUAAAUUAAUAAUACAUAAUGUGUAUUUAGAUAGUUUAUUAUGUUAAUAAAGAUCAACAAAGAAAUGGAUAGAA